AUGCAAUUAUCUGGCACAUGGCCCAUCCUUAAUGGCCUUAUCACAUUAUUGAUCUUCUCAUGUUUAGCGCGGGCCAUUGAUUUAGACGUCAAUGAUCAAAACUCUCUCCAAGAUGCCGCAAGUACGACCGUCUACGCGGCCAUGAAAUACUAUUACGGAAAUGAGACUGGACAGAUCCCUGGUGCUUUCCCCGAUAAAUGGUGGGAGGGAUCUGCACUUUUCAUGGCGUUGCUCCAGUACUGGCAUUGGACCGGCGACACAACCUACAACGAGGAGCUGAGUAUCGGAAUGCAGCACCAGAGUGGUGAUGAAGGAGACUACAUGCCCAGCAACUACAGUAGCUACCUGGGAAACGAUGACCAGUCGUUUUGGGGACUUGCAGCAAUGAUGGCAGCGGAAUUGAAGUUCCCUGACGUCACAGAUGGGUUCUCGUGGCUUUCUCUGGCCCAGGGUACCUUCAACAGCCAGGUUAAGCGAUGGGACACCACGACCUGUGGUGGCGGACUUCGGUGGCAGAUCUUCCCCUACCAAUCUGGAUACACGAUGAAAAACACCGUAUCUAACGGUGGUCUGUUCCAAUUAUCUGCUCGUCUUGCUCGUUACACCAAUGACCAACAAUACACCGAUUGGGCGGAGAAGAUCUGGGAAUGGACCGAGGAUUCAGUCUUGCUCGACAACAAGACGUGGUAUGUUGCCGACUCGACUGAGAUGUCCAAUGAUUGCAAGACCAGUGGUAAUUACCAGUGGACAUAUAACUAUGGCACUUAUCUGAUGGGCGCUGCCUACAUGUACAACUUCACCAACGGCGACGACAUCUGGUUGACACGAGUAAACGGUCUACUCACCAAAAUGUCCAAGACUUUCUUCAUCACCGACAAUGUCCUACAGGAUGUAACCUGUGAGCCAAUAGAGAAAUGCAACAACAACGAAAUCCUCUUCAAGGGUCUCGUAUCAUCAUGGCUAGCCUUCACCGCACUCCUCGUCCCAUCAACCUACGACACUAUCAAGCCCAAACUACAAAGCUCCGCCCGAGCCGCCGCAAAGUCCUGUUCCGGAAAAGGCAACAACACAUGCGGUGUGCGCUGGUAUAAAUCUGAAUGGGAUGGCUGGCAGGGAAUGGAGGAGGAAAUCAGUGCCUCGAACAUCUUCCUGGCCAACAUGAUCAACUUCGACAAUGGUGGCGAUACUGGCCCCGUGACGGCUGAUACCGGUGGUAACAGUACCAGUAACCCGAAUGCGGGUGAGGGUGGUGAUGACUCGUCGAGUCAUAGCUUUGCUCCUAUAAGUACCGGUGAUAAGGCUGGUGCUAGUAUCUUGACUCUCAUCUUUGUCUUUGGGUGGGUCGGUGCUAUGGGCUUUAUGCUUCUUGGUGGUUAA